CGUCGUGUUUGAGGUGUGAUGUGCCCUUGGGUGUGGGGGGCUGCCGAGGGCGACUCCGAGGUGGUGGAUGAAACGGAGGACGGGGGGGCCCUGGGAGGAUCUUCGUCCUGCAGACGAUGCCACUGAAGAGUACUUCCGCGACAAAUUACAGAUGUCUCCACGUGUCUUCCGCGAGAUUGUUGAGAACUUGUCGCCGAUUCUCCAGCGACGUGUGACGUUCUACAGAGAGCCUUUGCAGCCAGACCACAUCGUCGCCUACGCGCUGUACAGAUGGGCGUCUGGCGAGACGUACGAGAGCAGCAGCUGCAGCUUUGGAAUUGGCAGGGCUUCGGGUUUGGUGGCUGUCCGGGACGUCACUGCUGCUCUGCUGUCGGUGUACAGGGAGAAGGUGGCGUGGCCGACUGGGGUGCGGAAGGCGGUUGUUCUACGUGCUUUUGCAGACAAGGGUUUCCCCAACUGCCAUGGGUGUAUCGACUGCACCCAUAUCUUCAUCGACAAGCCGGCGAACGCACCUCCAGAAGACUACUACGACCGCAAGAGACAAUUCUCUGUCGUCGCUCAAGUUGUGGUGGACUUGGACUUGCGCGUGCUCGAUAUGUUCGUGGGUUAUCCGGGGAGCUGCCACAACGUUCGGGUCAUCCAUUUGUCCAAUCUAUGGUCGCGUGCGGCGGCGGGGGAAUUGUUCACAGGGCCUCCUGUGCUGCUACCGUUCCAAGUGCAGACGAAUGGUUAUCUGCUGAGGACAAUGGUUACCCGCCGAGCGAAUGAAUAGUUCGACGAGCACAGCGCAGACCACGUU